UAGCAUGGGGCUCACUGGCUGUUUUUGAAAUGUAUUUGUUUUUAUUGCGAGGUAAUUGCUCUAACACCAGUCACCAUUUGAAAGUGUACAGUUGGGCGGUUUUCGGGACGUUCUCAGAGUUGUGCAGCCAUCACCGGGACCUAAUCCCAAUACGUUUGCAUCAAUCACUCUCAGGAGAAACCCCAUGCCCACCAGCAGUCAGCGGGUCAUUCCGAGGGAAGGGAUGCCGGUGGGUGAGGCUGUGGAGCAGGGCAUGUGAGGAGGUGGACGCCUUCUGCCUGAUGCCCCGAGCGCGUGCCUGGGGCACCUUUUCCAUCCCCCUCCCUCCCCGUCCGCCCAGCUUGACUCUGGUGGCUCACUUGGUUAGGUGCCACCGUGCAGCGAGCGGGUGUCAGUCUGGGCAGAGAUAAUGAGUGCUUUCACCAGCUGUGUGCACGCUACUCAGUCUGGGCUCGGGGCUGUGGUGGCUGCAAUUUCCUAAUGGUUUCCUGACGAGGCCGACCCAUUUAUUAGGGCGGAUGAGGGCAGUGCAUCCCAGUCUCUGCCUUCCCACCUGACGCGGGCAGGCAGAUGGAAAGUGGCUUCUGCUCCCUCCCCCUUUUGCACUGAUUACUUUUGCUCUGCGCUCCACCCAUUGGCCUGUCAUGCCCACUGAUCUGGACAUUAGGCCUUUCUGGCGACUUGCCCGCUGCUUGCGUUGGCCACUGGGAGACGUGUAUGAUGCUGUCUGCUCCGGGCCAGCGUGGGUGAGGCUCGGGGCCACAGUGGGGCUGCGAGAAUAUCCAAAGCUAGGUGUGGGGACAUUAGGACAAGCCCAUUCUGAAAGGACAGAGGCUGAAAGAGAGCACAGCAGAGCAUGUCUUUCCUCGAACUGUUAGCUCCCUGAGCUCCAAAUGCAUUUGCAUUCGGACCUGGCGCUGCUUGCAUUGCUUCAGGACAUGGCCUUUCUGAGUUGCACCUAUGACCUCAUCACUUAGCUGUGUCGGGUUCAACAUACAGGCCAGUGCCACUGAGUUUAUGUUCCGUCUGGCUUUGGCGGGGUUGUUUCCCCUCAGCCCCACCGCUGUGUCCAGUACCCGACCUGCAGUGCAGGCAGGACUGGAAUGGCAGUAGAGGACCUUCGAAUGCCACAACGGUGGUCUGUUCUCGGUGCUUUUCAGACAGAGGUCCAUAGAUCACCGACACGGGCUGCUGCCUUCACUCUUUCUGGGUGGGUAGGAGAGCGCUCACAUUUGAGAGCUGUCGUACGGAGUGGCGUUCUGCGAUUGCAGGAUGGCUGCUUCACCGUCGCCGGUAUUCCCUGGGGUCUCCGCUCCACAGAAACCUCUCCAGUGGAGCCUGACCAUUGUUGAAAACUGCUCACCUGGAGUGGAAACAGGUGGGGUCCUGGGGCUGGAAAGUCCUGCCGUGUUCGUUAGACCUUCGGAUGGGUUCUGUGGUUCCUAGGAACUUGGGGCGGAGCCGUGUUUGUCCAGAGUGAAGGUGCAGAGACCGAUAGCAGCGAAAAUGUGAAUAAGUAAACAGCAGCAGUGCAGAGGAAAGAAAAACACUGCACGGGGGCACGGCGUCUAGAACCAGAAACCACGUGACCUGGAGCUUUCUUGUCUCCACUGGUAAAAGAAAGGGUUUGCACGAGGUCAUGUCUCAGUGCCUUCGUCCCGGGGGUCGUGUGGGGCCAGUGGCGGAGCUCGGCUCCCCUCCCUCUACAGGGACCUGCUCUUCAUUCGUCUUCGUAGCCAGGGAGGAACACACACCUCCAAGGAGCUGUUAAGUUAUAUAGAAAUGCUGUCAAUUGCUCUUUGCUGCUUUGGCCCUGGGUAAAGACCGUGCAUCCCACGGCCGUGGCGAGGGUGGCACGGAGGAGCAGAGACCGGGAAAAGCAUGAGCACACACGUACAGUGCACGGGGUGAGAGUUACUUCUCAAGGCCGUAAAAGUGGUCAAAGCUGAAGAGAGAGAGGGACCAAAAUUACAGAUGAGAUAUGGAAUGUGCAGAUGUCCCACUAUUAACUCCAAGCAGCAAAGAAAUGAUGUCUCAGGCACUGAAAGCCACUUUCAGUGGCUUCUCGAAAGAACAGCAAAGACUGGGAAUUCCAAAAGACCCCCGGCAGUGGACAGAGACCCAUGUUCGGGACUGGGUAAUGUGGGCUGUGAAUGAGUUCAGCCUGAAGGGUGUGGACUUCCAGAAGUUCUGUAUGAAUGGAGCAGCUCUCUGUGCCCUGGGGAAAGACUGCUUUCUCGAGCUGGCCCCAGACUUCGUUGGGGACAUCUUGUGGGAACAUCUUGAGAUCCUGCAGAAAGAGGAUGUGAAACCGUACCAAGUUAAUGGAGUCAACCCCACUUAUCCUGAAUCCCGUUAUACCUCGGAUUACUUCAUUAGCUAUGGCAUCGAGCAUGCUCAGUGUGUUCCUCCUUCGGAGUUCUCAGAGCCUAGCUUCAUCACAGAGUCCUACCAGACGCUGCAUCCCAUCAGCUCCGAGGAGCUCCUCUCCCUCAAGUAUGAGAACGACUACCCCUCGGUCAUUCUCCGGGACCCUCUGCCGACAGACACCUUGCAGACUGACUACUUUGCCAUCAAACAGGAAGUCGUAACACCAGACAACAUGUGCAUGGGGAGGACCAGUCGUGGUAAACUCGGGGGCCAGGACUCUUUUGAGAGCAUAGAGAGCUACGAUAGUUGUGACCGCCUCACCCAGUCCUGGAGCAGCCAGUCAUCUUUCAACAGCCUGCAGCGCGUCCCCUCCUAUGACAGCUUCGACUCCGAGGACUAUCCCGCCGCCCUGCCCAACCACAAUCCCAAGGGCACCUUCAAGGACUAUGUGCGUGACCGUGCUGACCUCAACAAGGACAAGCCUGUCAUUCCUGCUGCUGCCCUGGCUGGCUACACAGGCAGUGGACCGAUCCAGCUGUGGCAGUUUCUUCUGGAAUUACUCACUGAUAAGUCCUGUCAGUCUUUUAUCAGCUGGACAGGAGAUGGCUGGGAAUUCAAGCUCUCUGACCCAGAUGAGGUGGCUAGGAGAUGGGGGAAAAGGAAAAACAAGCCCAAGAUGAAUUAUGAGAAGCUGAGCCGUGGCCUACGCUACUAUUAUGACAAGAACAUCAUCCACAAGACAGCGGGGAAACGCUACGUGUACCGCUUUGUGUGUGACCUGCAGAGCCUUCUGGGGUACACGCCCGAGGAACUCCACGCCAUGCUGGACGUCAAGCCCGACGCCGAUGAGUGACGGACACCAAAGGGGCAGGGAAACUGCUGAGACAUUUCAAAGGACCGCAUCAGUUGGACUCUUACUUUUUAAUUGUUAUUCCAUUUUUAAUUUUCCAGAACUCGUUUUUUACAUUCAGGGGUGGGAGCUAAGUGAGUUGCAGCUGUAAUCAAUUGUGCGUGGUUGGAAAAGAAGAGCCAGGACUGGUGGGGUGGGUGGGGCAAGAAAUUCUUGAGCAAAUUUUCAGGAGAGAGAGAAAGGUCUUAGAAGCUUGAAGAAUCUGGCUGGAGGGAGGACAAGACUAACAUGUCUAAUCCUUUUUAAAAAUCAUCCGUGGAGAAAAAAAUGGGUCUCAAGUGGUGGACUUACUAGCAAAAGAAUUGGAGGAAUCGGGCAUCGUGAGACCGAUGAAAGGCAAUUAGUUUGCUUCUGGUUUUAGGUCUGGGAGGGCAAAAAGUGGGGUGGGGUAGGACAUUUUGUUUGGGGGGUGCACAAAACCCAAGGACUAUUUACCUUUUACUCUACUUUUAAAACAGAGAUGGACUUCAGUGGGAAGGGGUCAAACUGUUUUUGUGUUAAAAUUUAUUUUAUUGAAUUUUGUGCCAGUAUUUUUUUUUCUUUCUUAAGAAUCGUCUUAAGCUCUAAGAUGGUCUCAGUAUUGCAGUAUCAUGCGAGUUUGUUUUUAUUUGCUAGCUGAGGAUUGUCACAAUGAAAGAAAACUGUUUAUAUAGACCCCACUGGAAACGCAAAGUGCUGUCACUGAGAUCGGGGACCCCAAAUUCAUGUGGCUUUAUAUACGAAGGACAAAAAGAUGCUGAUUUGGGUACAAGAGAACUGUGCGUGUGAAUUUCAUCUAUCAUGUAAAAACAUCACCACCACGCCCCUCUGCCUAUUUGUCCUUAUGGAUUCUUGGGGUUUAGACUUAACAUGGAGCUAAGAAGCAUUAAGUCUUGAAUGUAUUUUGCAGCCCUGGUUUGGGACCACAGUAAAUGUUGGAGCACUGUCGAAGUCGUGGAAAGGAGAUCAAAGGAGGGAGGUUGACUUGGUUCUUCUGUACCUGUAACCUAUGACUUGGAAUAAAAGCUGUGUGCAUGGGCAUUACCCUCUCAGGUCUUAAGAAGUAAGUCCUGAGUGCAUGUCAUUCCAAACUAACACUCUCCACUUUCUCUGUAUGUCUCAUUGUCUCAGUCCAUACCUCUUGCUUCCCCCCACUCUGCUGUUCAGCACAGAGACCUGUACAGCUUUCUGCCUGGGGCGACAGCAGACAUGACGUUAGUUGAAGAGUGUCUGAUAAAGCCAUUUAGACGCACUGGGUUUUGGAGCGAUGGACAUUACGGGAGCGUGUAAGACGCGGCUUGGCUGUCUUUGGGAGGAGAUGUGCAAGGCUUUCCUUCGAAGAGCUUGAGCCGUUGAGUGGGACGUCAGGUGAGACCGUGUGUGCAGAGUGAACAGCGCAGCUGCUCUUCAGGUCUUGCACUUGGACCUUUAUUGUGCACAGGGUGAGUGAAGACUAAUAAUUGCAGAAGGGAGGAAUGAUUCGAAGGCAGAGGAGACAAGAAGAGCUUGAAUGAAGAUAGGAAGGUGGUCCAUGAGAGCUGACUAUAUUUUUAGUUCCCCCUUUAUUUAACUACAAACUUAAUCAAUGGAGGCAGUUGUGAAGGGUAAUCUGAAAGUGGGGUUUUGGGGUGGGGGACCAACAUCUAACUAGUGAUGACAAAUUCCUAAUUCAAUCAGAAUCCCCUCAUCCUUCCCCCACUACAUAGGUGCCCCCUUAACCGGACGAGGACAGCGGAGGGCUGUACAGACUGCGGAGAGAGAGGAGAGGUGUCUAAGGUGGACUUCUCAGGGCUGGCCUCUCUUGGGCUCUAGCUGAGAAACGAAGGUCUAAGAACAACCUUCUAGCAUGUCUUCAAGCAAGUGGAUUGCUUACUCCCAGGUCCUCUUGCAGACCCUGAUUGUCAGGAACUUAGCUCUGUGGUUCACACCUUUCCUCAUACUGACAGAUCAGUGUCUCCUUGGAAAGCAAAGGCAGAACGAGCCCAGCUGCGUAGCUUGAUCUUCUUCCAAAUGCAGGUGCCUUAAUGAAGCUCUCGAAAUAGUUUAGGAGCUGCUCAGGGAGUGUUAGGCGGAACUGGUGGACUACAUUGUUUUUUCUUAGAUUAUGUGAUCUUUGUUUGGCACUGGCAAAGGUGUGUGUGUGUGUGUGCGUGCGUGCGUGCGUGUGUGCAUGCGUGUGUGUGUGUGUGUGUGUGUGCAUGGGUGUUUGCAUUCGUGCAACACUGCAGCUGGGAUAAUACCUGGGUUUUCUAGGUACGUCUUUCCAUGUUUCAGUAACGGGUGAUGGUAGAACCAAGGCCGGCCUCAGUCAUGGCUUGCUGUUUGCAACCAGGCAUAAAAAUCCCUUUCUCAACUCAUCAGCCUUUCCUAUUACAUUGAUGCCCACGGCUCCCCUGUGUGAGUGUCUAAUUCCUGCCGUCCUUCCGUAGCAGCUAAGAGAUAAGGAAGUGCCUCCUCAUUGCUCUUCAGCCCGCUCGCGCGCUAAGAUGCCUUUCCCUCUAGGUCCACCGUUUUCAGUAUUUAUAGGUAGUUUAUUAGUUAAGACAGCUUUGUUGAUCUGGCCAGAUGCUUUUUCUCCUUCUGUCCGAAGGCCAGAGACCAUCCCAGGAAGAGUGGUGGGUGGUUUAUACACUGGAAAUGCAGCAGAAUUGUUGCAUUUAUGCUUUUUAAAAACACACGUUAGCUUCAGAGGAAGGAUGGGCAGAUCUGGUUUAGCUGGGGGAACCCUUGUUUCCCUGGAGAUGCCUUAACCCAGGUCAGUUCCAGCUGGAGGGUUCAGAGCCACGUUUGUUCCCUUCUCCCUUCGGGGGCUGGGGGACGUCCCUGCGUGGAGCACUGGUUUGGGGGCGAUGGGGAUUGGAGGUAUUCCAAGAUCAGAUGUGCUUUUCCUCACUUUGGAGAUGAACUCUCUGGGUUGUAGAGCAUUAACCUGCCUUAUCUUCAUGGUGACAAUGACACUCUCUCUCUUCUAAUCAUGCUGUGCAUGUAGCUUUUUCUGUUGGGGUCUAUAUAAAUGUGUUAGCUCUUCUCUACAUUCCAAAGAACUUUCAAGGAACCACAAGUAUAUGUAUACAUAUACAUAUAUAAAAUAUAUAUAUUAAAAUGAAAUUAUCUCUAUCAGGAAUACUGCCUCAGUUAUGGAACUUUUUUUAAGAAUACUUUUUUUUUUUUUAAGCUGAGAAAUAUAGGGGUAAAAAGAUGUUAUAUUGUGUUUGACUAUUUUCCAACUUGUAUUUUCAUAUAAUUUAUAUUUUUUAAAAAGCUGAAAAUUUAAAAGCAAGAUGAAAAAAAAAAAAA